AUGGAUUCUUCUUCUCUAAAACACUAUCACCUUCAUGAAUGUGACCCAAAACAUUUUUUUCAUACAUAUUUUUCUUCUAAAACUGAUAAACGACUUCUAGAGGAAGCUGUCAUGAACCCAAUGAAAUAUCUGCAUAAAAGGUUUAUCUCAGGUCAUAUUAAAGGGGACAUUCUGCUUGAUAUCAGUGUUGGACCUUCUCUUUUCCAUCUCUUUCCAGUUUGUGAGUCCUUCAAAGAAAUUAUCAUAUUAGAAUUAAAUGACCUCUGCAUUGCUGAAUUUGAGAAAUGGAUAAACAACCAUGAAGAAGCCUUAGAUUGGUCUCAUGCGUCGAAGUUUAUAAUGGACCUGGAAGGCAAAAGCGGUGGAUGGCAAGAAAAAGAAGCAUUAUUAAGAAAAAAAAUUAACCGUGUUGUGAAAUGGGACAUUACUAAAGAUAACCCCACAGACCCAGUAGUGCUACCGAAAGCAGACUGUAUCAUAUGCGCAUGGAUACUGGAUAUUACAAGCCCAGAUAAAAAUGCUUACAUCAGCAAUCUGAGAAAAAUCUCCUCUUUACUAAAACCAGGAGGGCGCCUGGUAUUAUUUUCAGAUAUCAACGUUAAACAUUUUAUGAUUGGGGAGCACAAAUUUAAUAUCCUAACUUACGAUGAAGAAUUUCUUAAAACUGCUCUAAAAAAUGAAAGGUAUAUUAUUGAAUCAUUUGAGGCCCAAGAAAGGAAAGCUUCUUAUGAUGUCAUCGAUCAUGAAAAAAUUGCCUUUGUCACCGCACUUAAACAGAAGUAA